CUAUGGGCUGGACCAAUGACCGACAACUGGCACGAGGUAAUCAACAUGUCUGAUUGCGAUAAGGCAAUUCUUGCACCGUUGCUCGGGGAUCGUGCGUUUAGAUAUCAUCCCCCCGUCUUUCGAUCGACUAGUCGUCCAGUAUCUGCCGCGAUGCACGCUCUUCUUCCACGAGUUUGCCUAAUGGCACUUCUAAUUCCUGCAGUCUUUGCCGUUUUACCAUCGUACAUAAAACCGUGCAAGAAGAGGGAUCCGGACAUAAACGAGUGUAUCACCAGAUCGAUCGAUCAGCUUCGCGACAAAUUAUCAGCCGGGAUACCGGAAUUCGAGGCGCCACCCAUCGAGCCUCUCUACCUCAAGCAAAUUCGCCUGUCCAGGGGACCGGUUGGAGCCAGACUCGACGUCAAUCUCACGGAUUUGCAGGUGUCCGGCCCAUCCACCUUCAAAGUUCGAGAUCUCAAAGCGGAUGUCGAGAACGUGGUGUUCACCUUCAAGGUCAACUUUGAGAAACUGUAUUUCCAAGGGAAGUAUCAGAUCGACGCGAGGGUGCUUUUGCUCAAGCUGACGGGGGAGGGGAACAUCACUGGAACCUUUACCAAUUACGAUUCGGACGUCGUUUUACGGGCGCACAAAGUGUACAGAGACAAUGAUAUCUACCUCAACUUUGAAAGAAUGAAAGUGAAGAUCAGGAUUGGCAAAGCGCACUUGCAUCUUAGCAAUUUGUUCGGCGGUGACACUGUUCUCUCUGCAGCCACCCAUGAUCUGUUGAACAACAACAACGCGUUGUUCUUGGACGAGAUCACUCCAGUGUUGGAGACAUCCUUGGCGGAUCUUUUCACGAACGUGGCCAACAAGAUUACAAAAUCUUUCACGUACAAAGAACUGUUUCCGGAUGAUUGAAUCUUCCAUCGAGACUUCAUUCGUUUACUUUGUCUUGUAAAAAUUUGUACAGUUGCAUUUUUCUAAUUAAAAAUUUUCUCUUAAUAUAAUUAACAUACAAUUCCGUACGCAUUACGAAAAUUUUGUGUAAUCGAAGAACAAGUUUUUAAAUUAUGUACGUAAAUUUGUAAAGACAAUUUUUGCAAUUUGUUAAUUUUAUAAUUAUAUGUGUGUGUAUAGAGAGAGAAAAUUAUAAAUGUACAAUAUAUUUUGUACAUUUCAAAGUUCGUAGAAUUAUUCGUAGAAUUUUGGUGUUUUGAAUAUAGUAUAAAAAGUAGUAUAAAAAGUAGUACAUUUCUAUGUAAUGUUAUAAUAAAAACGAAAUGAGAUUUA